AUGGAGGAGGCGGCAGCCGGCGCCGGCGAGGAGGAGGUGUACUGCGCGGUGGGGAAGGAGCAGUGGAACUGGAAGGCGAACCUGCGGUGGGUGCUGGCCAACUUCCCCGGCCGCCGCCUCGUGCUCGCCCACGUCCACCGCCCGCCGCACCGCAUCAACAUGAUGGGGGCGUGGGUGCCGGUGAGCCAGGUGGGGGCAGCCAUGGUGGCCGCGUGCAGGAAGUGGGAGGAGGACGAGGCCAGCGACGCCCUCGACCAGCUCAUCCGCAUCUGCAAAACCCACCGGGUCGGCGCGCGCAAGGUCAUCGUGUCCGGCGACGACCUGGCGGGGGCCCUGGUGCAGCUCGUCGCCGACCACGGCGUGGCCGAGCUCGUCAUGGGCGCCGCCGCGGACCGGUCCUACUCGAGGAAGAUGCGGGCGCCCAAGUCUAAGAAGGCGGCCACCGUGCUGCUCAAGGCCAACCCCUCCUGCAGGAUCUGGUUCGUCUGCAAAGGAAAGCCCGUCUGCACCAGGAGAGGAGAGCCAUCCACGGCUAGCACCAGCCCCAGGCCAGCUGCUUCCGACGACUGCUCCACAUCGAAAUCCUCGUCGGGCCGCCACGGCGAGCCGGUCGGCGUCCAUGACUCGCCUACGUCUUCGAAACCUGGUUCGGGCGACGGAGGCGAGAUGGACGAUGCGCCGCACGGGAAGCUCAAGGACGAGCCCUACGAACAGACUGGUCGGUCGCCUGGAGCUGCGGAAGAAUCCAUGCCCGGCGCAAUGGAUGGUGAUCAUGGUGUCAAUGCCUUCCGGAUAGGGUUGUUAGAGCUGGAGGCGGCGACGGGCCGUUUCGACGAGUCUGCCAGGAUUGGCAUUGCUGGCAUUGGCCGCGCCGGCCUGUACAGAGGAAGCCUGCGCGGCAUGAGCGUCGCCGUCAGGGUCAUCUCCCCUGAUGCCGCCGUCGGCGAGGCACGGUUCGCUCGCGAGGCCGACGCCAUCGGCAGGGUGAGGCACCCGAGCCUCGUGCCGCUCGUCGGUGCGUGCCCGGAGGCACGCGCCGUGGUGCACGAGCUCAUGCCGGGCGGGAGCCUGGAGGACCGCCUCGACCAAGGAGGCGACGGGACGCCGCCGCUGCCGUGGAAGGCGCGGUGCCGCGUGUCACACCAGGUCUGCUCCGCGCUGGCCUUCCUCCAUGCGUCAGCCAAGACGGUGCACGGCGACGUCCGCCCGGCGAACAUCCGCCUGCUAGACCAGGGCGACGAGCGGCGCUCCUCCAUUAAACUCGCCGGCCUCGGCAUGCGCGGGCUCCUGGUGCAGGCGGAGCAGCAGCGGGCCGGCCGCGAGGCGCUGGCGUACGUGGACAAGCGGUACCUCGCGACGGGGGAGCCGACCCCACAGUGCGACGUGCACGCUCUGGGCCUGCUGCUGCUCCGGCUAGUCACGGGCCUGCCGGCGCGUUGGGCGAAGAAGGCGGCACUAGAGGCCGCCGCCGGCGGGGGCAGAGCCUGGCAGCAGGUGGUGGACGCGAGCGCAGGGGGGUGGCCGACGGAGGUGGCUACCGAGGUGGCGCUCCUCGGGCUGAGGUGCUGCGCCGUGAGCGACGGCCGAGCGCCGUGUCGCCCGGCCGGUGAGCUGCUCGAGGAGGCGCGCGCCGUGCUGGAGGCCACGAUGGACGCCGCACCGGGCAGGACGUGGUCUUCAUCACUGUUGUCAUCGUCGGAGAAGGAGGCGUCUGACGGCGGUGGCGCGCCGCCCGUCCUACAUCCUCUACCGGAUAAUCAGGAUCCAAAUAAUCUGAGUGCCAGAAGCAGCAGGUCCACCAGGUAG